AUGCCUGACUUCAAGCUCUCCGCAACUCUCGAGGGCCACGGCGAUGAUGUUCGCGCCGUGGUCUUUCCCAAUGCCAAUGCCCUCUUCUCAGCCUCUCGAGAUGCGACUGUCCGGCUCUGGAAGCUGGUGUCAACCCCUCCCCCCACCUACGAUUACACCAUCACCGCGCACGGCUCCGCGUUCAUCAACAGUCUAGCAUAUCUCUCACCAACCCCGGAAUUCCCCGAAGGGCUUGUUCUUUCUGGUGGCCAGGAUACAAUCAUUGAAGCUCGGCAGCCGAGCAAGGCGGCAGAGGACAAUGCGGAUGCCAUGCUACUGGGCCACGCCCACAACGUCUGUGCACUUGAUGUAUCCCCAGACAGCGGCUGGAUUGUCAGCGGUAGCUGGGACUCCACCGCGAGGCUCUGGAAGGUAGGGAAAUGGGAGUGCGACGUUGUGCUGGAUGGUCACGGCGGCAGUGUCUGGGCCGUGUUGGCUUACGACAAGGACACCGUCAUAACCGGUUGCGCGGACCAAAACAUUCGGAUUUUCAACACCUCGGGCACUCUGCGUAAGACUAUCAAAAACUCCAACGACGUUGUCCGAGCUUUAUGCCGACUCCCUGUAUCGAAUCCCACGGGAGCUCAGUUCGCCUCGGCCAGUAACGACGGGGUCAUCCGCCUCUUCACAUUGGAUGGAGAGCUCGUUGCCUCUUUACAUGGCCAUGAGAGCUUCAUCUACUCGCUCGCCUCGCUCCCUUCGGGAGAGCUAGUCAGCUCGGGGGAGGAUCGGACUGUGAGAGUGUGGCAAGGGACGCAAUGUGUGCAAACCAUCACCCACCCGGCUAUCUCGGUAUGGAGUGUUGCGGUCUGCAACGAGACUGGUGAUAUUGUCACCGGUGCCAGUGACCGCAUCGCUCGAGUUUUCAGCAGAAACCCUGAACGUCAUGCGGCCGCGGAGGUCAUGCAGCAGUUUGAGCAAACCGUAAAAGAAUCGGCUAUUCCGGAACAGCAGGUUGGGAAAGUCAACAAAGAGCAACUGCCCAGCCCGGAUUUUCUGAAACAAAAGUCGGGGACAAAGGAGGGCCAAGUGCAAAUGAUUCGAGAAGCGGAUGGAAGUGUGACGGCGCACACAUGGUCGUCCGCCACGCAGGAAUGGAUUGCCGUCGGUACGGUGGUAGAUUCAGUUGGGAGCAGUGGACGCAAAACGGAAUACCUCGGACAAGACUACGAUUAUGUUUUUGAUGUGGACAUCGAGGAUGGAAAGCCACCGCUAAAGCUCCCCUACAACCUCUCCCAGAAUCCAUACGAAGCGGCCACCAAAUUCAUUCAGGAUAAUGAGCUUCCCAUGGGCUAUCUCGACCAGGUUGCAAAUUUCAUCACGCAGAAUACCCAGGGCGCGAGCAUUGGACAGUCAUCUGAACCAGUAGCGGCAGAUCCCUGGGGGUCGGAGCGACGCUAUCGUCCAGGAGAAGCCGAUACGGCUGCACCAUCUGUUCCGGAGUCCCGCCCUAAAGUUCUGCCUCAAAAGACAUAUCUGUCAAUUCGGACGGCCAACCUCAAAGUUAUCGCCAAGAAGCUCCAAGAGCUAAACGAGAAGCUCGUUGCCGAAGGAUCCAAGAACAUUGCCUUGGAUCCUACGGAGAUGGAAACGGUUGUUGUUCUUUGUGGCCAAGUAGAAUCAUCCCAGCGCCUGAAAGACUCGGCGGCUGUGGAGUCUGGAGUACCUUUAAUUUUCAAGAUCGCAACCUCAUGGCCGGCUGCGAACCGACUGCCCGGACUGGAUCUGCUGCGUCUAUUGGCAGCCGCAACACCGUUCACUGCAACCGCUGAAUACCGGGGCCAGGAUCUUGUGACGGGUCUUUUAUCAAGCGGGGUCCUCGACUCUCCACUGAACGUCAACAACGCGAUGCUCACCAUCCGCACAUUCGCGAAUCUGUUCGAAACCACCGCAGGCCGUAACCUCGCUGUGACUCGAUUCGACCAGAUCCUGACUGCGGUGAAAUCCGCCCUGGCCGAGAGCGCUAAUGCUCCGAACCGCAACCUCACCAUCGCCAUCACGACGCUGUACAUCAACUUUGCCGUCUAUCUCACCUCGGAAGGCAGAGACGUCUCACCUGAAUCUGCUGAGCGCGGCCUCGUUCUUCUGGAGGAAUUGACCAGGAUCGUUGCUGCGGAGAAGGAUUCCGAGGCGAUAUACCGUGGGCUUGUCGCGGUGGGCACCCUGAUCCAGGCUCUGGGAAGCGAAGUUCAGAGCGCCGCCAAGGAAGUAUACGAUGUCCCCUCGAUCCUCACGAAAGUGUCAACAUCUGGUCCAGGCAAGGAGCCCCGCAUCAGGGGCCUCGUGGACGAGAUCCGCGGUGCGUUGUAA